UGGGGGAAGUAUUAGUAGAAGACAUAGUGAAGGAAGUACUAGAGGAAGUCAUAUUGAAGGGAGUACUAGUAGAGGAAGACAUGAUGAAGGACAUGAUGAAGGAAGUACUAGUAGAGGAAGACAUGAUGAAGGAAGUACUAUUGGAGGAAGACUUAGUGAAGGAAGUAUUAGUAGAGGAGGACAUAGUGAAGGAAGUACUAGUAGAAGAAGACCUAUGGAAGGAAGUACUAGAAGAAGUAGACUCAGUCGACUAAGUAGAAGAAGAUCUAGUGAUGAAAGACCAAAAAUCCUCUAUCUAGCAGACAGCAGAGAUUAUACCCAUAUGCAUUUAUCGGCAAGAUUAGCGAAUAUACUCGAUUCA